AUGAAAAUAACUGUUGCAACAUUUAUAGCUACUUGUGUUUCUGGAGUAACAUUUUUAGUACUUUUUAUUUCUUUGUUAAGUGUUUAUAAUGAAGUUAAUAAUUUAUGGAAUGAAUUGGAUGAAAAAAUUCUCCUCUUCCGUCAAAAUACCAAUGAAAUUUGGAAAGAUAUUGUUGAGAUAUCAAGUAAUAAGGUAAAACGUCAAUCUGGAUAUGAACUUAUUAAGGAUGCCUUUUAUACUACAUUAUCUCCAAAAAUUGAGGCAUCUGAUCAUGUUAUUUCACCACCAUCUAUACCAACAGAAAUUGCUGCUCCAGGUACAAGUGGUUGUAUGUGUAAUCCUAAAAAUAGAUGUCCACCUGGUCCACCUGGAUGUAAGGGAGAACCAGGUAAGAAAGGUGAACCAGGUUUUCCAGGACAACCAGGUAUUCCUGGUGCAGAUGCUCCUGAUGAUUUACAAAGUAGGCAAUCUGAUUUACAGGGUUGUUUCCAUUGUCCUAUGGGUAAAAUUGGUGCACCAGGAAAACAAGGACGUGUAGGACCAAGAGGACCAGCAGGAACACCUGGUAUGGAUGGAAUAAGAGGACGUGAUGGAUUCCAAGGUGUUCCAGGUGAUAUAGGACCAGUUGGACCUGAAGGACAUGAAGGUAGAACAGGAAUAACAGGAGAUAAAGGUCUUGAUAAAUAUCAAUUAAUUGGUCACAAAGGACCAAAAGGACAUAUUGGAAAACCAGGACCAAGAGGACCACCAGGUCCACCAGGUAUUGCUGCAUCAGCAGGUCCAAUAGGUAUUCAAGGUAUCCCAGGACUUAAAGGACCUCUUGGACCACAAGGACCUCAAGGAAAUGCAGGAGAUGUAGGUCAUCCAGGAAGACCAGGAAAAGAUGGAGGUUAUUGUUCAUGUCCUGAAAAGAAUGUCAAACAUUAA